AUGACCAUGCAGGGUCAAGGCAACAACGUCCCGCAGAGACAUCAGCAGAGCCAGCUGGACAGCGACGAUGAGAGCUACACCGGCAGCUCAGGCUCCUACUCUGAGAGGGUGUCGGAGGCGCCGCCACGCCAGCAGCAGUCGGCUGCUGUUGCGGAGCGUAGAUUGCUACCCAAGGCCGAGCAGGGGAGCCGCCCGCGCAGCCUACAGCAGACGCCGUCCCCGGUGAAGCGCGGCGAUGUGCAAGGGACGCAGCAGGAGGAGGGCGGCGAGACGGCGCAGAAGAAGGGCCGUGCGGCACGCGGCAAGGCAAAGGCGCGGACUAUGAUGAACGCUGCCUGGGAAGCUCCAGUGGCGCGAGUGCGGGCCGUGACCGGGGCCGUGUCCGGCAGGGACAGCCAGCGCGUGACCAUUUACGUAUUUUUCUGCAUUGCGUGGGUUCAUCUCCUCUUUGUGAUUCUCUCCUCGGCACUGUCACAGAUCGACGUGGUCGGCGGCGGUUGCUACACCUUCUGGGGAUACAAGGCAAACUGCGACACCGUGAGCUACACACGCCGCACAGUCCUCCUUCAAAGCUGCCGUCGGGUGCGCAGCGCCCUUCAGGCUGGCUCUGCCUUCUCCAUCAUCUCCGUCCUGGCAUCGGCGGCGACGUUGGUGUCAUCGUGGGUGCUGUGCUGCCGCCUCCGCGAAGCCGAUCGCCAUGUUCGCUCUCCGAGUCGUUACGCGAACAUGGGCGAGGUGGCUCUUGCACAAGAGCCCGACUGUAACGACGGUAUUGAGAAUGGCAGGCAGGCAGACGCACCCGUAUAUGACGCGGGCAAUCUCAAGAAGGUGAUAAUGAUUGUUGUAGCCUUCAGUCUCGCCUGUGAGCUCACCUGCUGGGCGCUCAUCGCCGCCAUCAUCACAGAGCGCUACUGCGACGAGAUCUAUCUCUGGUCCACGACGGCGACGUACGGUGCGGGUUUUGGACUGGGGCUCACGGCUUGGUUCGCAGAGCUCAUCGCGUACAUCGGCUUCGUUACGGUCGUUUGA